AUCAUGAUCUCAUUUCAACCUUCAACCAUUAUUGUUUAUGUUUACUAUGCUUGAUACUCCUGCCGCGAUUAUAAUGAUUAGGUGUUUGAAUUAAUGAGAUAUAUAUUGCAUAUUAAUCAAAGAAAAUUGAGAUGCCUGGUACAAUACUAGAAAAUCUUAGCGGUCGCAAACUGAGCGUUCUAGUAACGAUUCUUUUGGUUUUUCAAGCGGCAUGUUUUCUUGUUGGAAUAAUAUCUCCAUCGCCUGCUCGAUCUCAGACAAUUUUAGCAACAGUUUGUGAAGUUCAUGACACUCUUCUUAAUGAUGAUAUCAAUGUUUGGUUUUCCAGGGAUAACUGUUCUAGAACGAUCCCUUUACACGAUCCUGAAUCUACAGCCAACUUAGACGCCGAUAAUUUGGUAUUUAUGAUGGAGAUACCUUUGCAUGGCGAUGAUUUUUCUAGAUGGCAACAAAAUCUGGUUGGCAUACUGCAAAUAGAUUCAGAGUAUCACAAGGAUCUCAUCAUUUUGGAUCCUGUGGUAGAACUCACUAUAGAUGCAAGACUAGCAUACAGCAAUAAAUUGCCAAAUGGUAAACGGACAGAUUGGAAAUACUAUGCUCAUUCAGAGGAAAAGCGUUACAUGGAUUGCAAUAUUGAUAAAAGUAUAAAGAAUUUAGAAGGUCACCCAUAUGAUUGCUCACUAGUUCCUCUAUUUGAACUUGGUUGUUUGUACCAUGAUUACUAUCUUUUGAAUGUACGCUUGCCAUAUAAUUAUACUUCUCAGAAAAAUACAAAACUCACUUCUCGAGUAACAGAUAUGUAUCUUCAUAUCAUUCAUAUGAAUGGAGGUUUUACACAAGUGUGGCUUUCCAUAAAGUUAGUUUUCUUCCCAAUAAUCAUAGCAAUUAUGGUAUGGUUCUGGAAUCGUGUUUGUAUGCUUACAAGAGUACCAGCAUUGUUGGAAUGUAUGUUGAUGUGGCUAGGUGGAGCCUUAGCUCUUUUAGAUCUCCCGCUAGAAUAUCUCACACUUCAUUUCGAGAUGCCCUACAUGCUUUUAUUGAGUGACAUAAGACAAGGAGUAUUCUAUGCUAUGCUUCUUUCAUUCUGGUUAGUGUUUGCUGGUGAGCACAUGUUGAUUCAAGAUAAUGGCUGCAAGAACAGCAUCAGACUCUAUUGGAAGCAUUUGAGUACUAUCAUUAUUGGAUGUCUCUCCCUGCUUAUAUUUGAUCUUUGUGAGCGUGGUGUUCAACUAGUCAAUCCCUUCUAUUCCAUUUGGGUAACUCCCAUUGGAACUAAUCUAGCCCUGACAUUUAUCAUACUGGCAGGCUUAUCAGCAUCCUUAUACUUCAUAUUCUUAUGCUACAUGAUCUGGUCAGUUUUCAGGAAUAUCAGUAUCAAAAGAUCUGUACUUCCAAGCAUGAAUCAAGCUCGUAGGCUGCACUAUGAAGGCAUCAUUUACAGAUUCAAUUUCCUCAUGUUGGCAACACUGGUGUGUGCGGCAGUCACAGUGGUCUCUUUCAUUUUGAGCCAAGUGGCAGAGAGUCAGAAUAAAUGGGACGAGAGUCUGGAUAUUGAGCUCUCUUCCAUAAUGCACACUGGUGUUUACGGUAUGUGGAAUGUGUACAUUUGUGCAAUGCUAAUUUUAUAUGCUCCAAGUCAUAAGCAAUGGCCUAGUGAACAGAUUUGUAACGAGGGAGAAGAGGUUGAAUUUAACAGGCUUCCAGUUGAUUCUAGCCCCAAUGAAAUUUCAUCAUUGACCUCUUUUGCCAGCAAGGCUAAUAUCGACUGAAUAUUUGCAUGCAAAUAUCUAAGAAAAAUUAUUAAUAUUUGUAUGUGCGUGAAAUAUCUGUAAUAUUUACGCUUCCUGAUAGCUCAUUCGAAUUAUACUAUUUUUCGUAAUGAGAGUAUCAUAUACCAUAGGUAUAUCGUUUUAAUUUCGUUAGUUCCUCGAGGCAUUUUACUUAUUGAAUCAUAUCAUAAAUAAAUGUAUGGUGUUAUUAAUAUGGCAGUAUUAAGAUGUGAUCUAUUUGUGAAUAUUUUACUUUAUUUAAUCAACUAUUUUGUAUUGUAUUCUUACUAAUAAAAUCUUCCAAAUAA